AAUUAGACAGACAAUGACGAAUUGGUAGUGUUGCUUUCAAAAUAAAGGCUCAGACCGCUCCUUACCUAUGCAAACGUCACUUUCCCGCAUGGGUUUAAAAUAUUCUGGUAGAUAAAACCCCAUUUAUAAUCUCGACUAACCCUACACUAGUUUUUAUGACGCAACCUUUAUAGAAUUGACUCGUUUAAACCGCUCCACCGUGUUGAAUUCUACACAACGACUGCCUACUUCUUGAUAUUUGUCUUAUUUUUGAGUUGAUGAAACGUUAUGUUAAGAAGGCUUUUGAAAAAAAUAUAUAUAUUGGCUCACACAUCUAUUAUAAAAAAAUCCAGCUCAAACGUGACAUUCUGGCGCUCAAAAUAAACUGGCUUUAAAGCACAAUGCGUUUUAUUUUGAAAAUCGUGCCCUUCGACAUGCUGUGCUGCCUGGCGUGUGAGACUUUGUUUAAGUUGGACGUGGAGAGGACAUGAGCUCUUUCUAAUAACAAUUUACACUCGAGAGGGUCAAUGUAAACGCAUGGUGACCAAAAAAAAAAAGAUGGCCAGAACAGGAGUGUGUUGCGCCAGCCUGGAGGACCCCAGGGCCCUGAUGAAGAUGGGUCUCAGCAUGGUGCUGGUGGGCCACGUCAACUUCAUGCUGGGAGCGCUGGUGCACGGCGUGGUGCUGCGCCACAUCAACCUGCACAAGCAGGCCAGGGCCAUGGAGUACGCCAUCUCCAACGUGGUGGCGCUCACAUCCGGCCUAAUGGGAGUCGUCGUGGGCAUUCUGGCGAUCGUCCAGUCCAAAAACAAGGGGAGGAGAAGCCUGACCUGGUCCCUCUUCAGCAUGAGCUUGGCUUCCUCCCUCGUGGCGGCCGCGGCUGCCGUCGGCCUCCUGGUGUCUGUGGUGAGGGCCAUCAUUCACGGCGGGCGCAGCCUCCUGACGCACUGCCGCUUCCCCGACGCCAUCGGCUACUCCAGCAUCACCAACGAGUGUCCUUUCGACCCCACGCGCAUCUAUAGCACCACUUUGAUCCUGUGGGUUCCUCUCAUCGUCACCUGUAUCGUCCAGCUGAUAUUUUGCGCCCGCUGCUUGUCCGUGUGCGUGUCCUUCCUGGGCCUGCCUUGUUGUUGUUACCUGCAGAGGAAGCGCCCCAGAGAAGCUCGAGCGAUCAGAGUCGCGAGGCCGCUCGAGGAACUGGCCGCAUCUCGCGUUACCAAACCGAGACAUCACUCGGAAACGCCUCCAAACCGCUACACGGAAGCCCCGAGGAGUUCUAGCGAGCCCAGGAGGCAGGUGUCACAACAGGUGAGGCAACAGCACCCCCAACGUCCCUCGACGCAGUACAGGAGCCUCCCGCCUACGCAGAGGCAGCCUCCUCGCCAGCAGCCGAGCAGGCAAAGGCCGCAGACGCCCCACCAGGGCCAAGGAAUUCAACAGAGGCCGCCUGAACAGCACCACCUACUGGAGAGAGGGACUCUGGACCGAUCCAGUUUCUGGAUUUAGUCCGAGAAGAUAGUGGACUUAUGGAGAUGAUAUUUCACCGUGGACCUAAAGUUCUUUAGGGAACUCUGCUCAUCUCUAUUGGAGCAGUUUUAUCAGAACGUUCUCAAAAGGUGCAAUAUAAAUGCUCGUUGUUUUGUUCCGUUUUAUACUAACAUUCCUCACAUUUUAACCCGCUUGUGCAGUUCUACGCAAUCCGCAACAAUGAUGACAAAUUAUGUUAAAGUAAUAACGCGCUUUAAUAAUUUUUAUAAGCAUGUUAACAGUUCCGAUGGAAAAUACUCAUUUGUUAAUUGAUACUCAUAACGGCAUAAUAGUUCAUCCAUGGCUAGCUACCACAAACCCGACAAGAAAACCCUGCAGGGGCUGAAGGAUAUCGCCAACAAGCUGGGAAUUCACUCUUUAAAUGGAUAAAUGAUAAACAUUCCGAUAAACAUGAAUGUUUAUCGGAAUGUUGUCAAAAAAAUUCCGAUAAAAAUACUCCUUAGAUAAAUGUUGUGCUCUGUGAGUAUUUUUAUCUGAAUAAUAUUAAAAAAAUUCCCAUAAAAAUACUCACUUGUUAGAUAUCGGGCUCUCUGAACAUUUUUAUCGGAAAGUUAUCAAAACCCCCCCCCCAACCCCCCCAAAAAAACCUCACUUGAUAAAUAUUGUGCACUGUUAUCAAAAAAGUACUAUAAAAAUACUUGACAAAUUAAUAUCGCGCAGUCUGAGCAUUUUUAUCGGAAUUCUUAUCUAAAAAUACUUGACAAAUUAAUAUUGCGCACUCUGAGCAUUUUUAUCUGAAUUCUUAUCAAAAAGUUCCCACACAAAUACUCACUUGAUAGAUAUCGCGCUCGCUGAACAUUUUUAUCGGAAAGUUAUCAAGAAAAUCCAAUGGAAAAAAAACCUCACUAAAUAAAUAUUGUUCACGGUUAUCAAGAAACCCCUAUGGAAAAUACUUGAUGAAUGAAUUUUUUUUAUCGUAAUGUUAUCAAAAAAAUUCCCAUAAAAAUACUUAAUAAAUAAAUACCGCACUCACUGAGGAUUUGCAUCGGAACGUUACCAAAAAGUUCCUGCAAAAUAUUUGAUACAUUAAUAUCAUGCGCACUGUUUAAAUUGUUUUCAAAACAUUCCGAUAAAAAAAUGUAUUUAUUAAGAUUUCCAAGCAUUUUUAUAGAAAAUUCCAUCAAAAAGUUCCCUUAAAAAUUCUCACUUGAUAAAUAUUGUGCACUCUUAUCAAAAAAGUCCUAUAAAAAUACUUGACAAAUUAAUAUCGCGCACUCUGAGCAUUUUUAUUGGAAUUGGAAUUCUCACCUAAUAAUAAAUAUCGCACUCUCUGAGAAGUUUAAUCGGAAUGUUUUCAAAAACUAUUUUUUAUAAAAAAUACUUACUUGAUAAAUAAAUAUUGCACUCUUUGAACAGUUUGUAACCAACUAUUAUAAAACUACUCGUACUAUGAGCAGUUUUAUUUGAAUGUUAUUAAAAAAUUCCCAUAAAUACUCACUUGAUAAACAACUGUCACACUCUCUGAGCAGUUUUAUCGGAAUGUUGUCAAAAAAUUCCUAAAUAAAUACUCACUUUAUAAAUUAAUAUUGAAAAAGUGCUAAUUUGUUAAAUAAACAUUUCUCUUUAAGCAGUUGUCAGAAUUGUUUUCAAAAUGUAUACAAAAAUCCUUCCUGUUUUUAUUAUUACAGUAUUAUUAAAUUAAGUAUUUCAUCUGAACCUUAACAAUUCUUAAAAAUGCACGUUGGUGAUCGUCGCUUUAAUUCAAAAAUAUACUGAGAAGUGGUGCUAAUAUCUUAAUAAAAUAAUUAUAAACAGUUCUAUUAAAAAUCUCUCUCUGAGCAGUUUUAUCAGAACGGUUGGUACUUUUUUCUCAUCAGACUAUGCAGGUGUACCUAAUGUUGUGGUCAGUGGGUGUGACGAUGUGAGUGUGUGAGUAAUCAAGUGGACCAUGCAAGUGAUAUUUUGUAAUAUGCAAAACUACAAUGAUAUUUAUGAUUGUGUUUCAUUCAUUUUCAAAGUGGGGCAAUAUGAAACCUGUGUGCAAGGAGAAUUAUUUAGUGGCUGUACGGUAGUUUCUGGUCAUUAUGCCUGACAAAUGCUGUGUGAAGGUGUGUCAUCGCCGCAUGUUGUUGUUUAUGCGCCCGUGUGUGUGUGUGUGUGUGUGCGCCCCCAUUUGUGUGAAGCCAAAGCCAACUAGUUUUCCGUAAAACUAGUUGCACAAGUAUUUUUAUUUAUUACAUUUUGGAAAAUAAAAUGUGUAUUUAUACAUCU